AUGUGGUUUGCUCGGAGGAGGUCGAGUCUCGCCGCAGAGCCCAUCCAGACCCAGCCCGAGCCUCGUCGAAGAAACCGCCUGUCCAAGCCCCUCACAAGCAAUGCAACCAAAAUUUCCACCGCUACCUCGGCCCCGAGUCUUCACGUCCAGGUGCCCGUCUCGCGGAGCAAAAAUGCAAGCGGUACAGAUUUGUCGAGUCCAUUAUCCCCCAUUUCAGGAGAUGCCGCCUCGCGCCAGCAGUUUCGGGAUGAUAUAACUCCUUCAGAGGCAAAUUCGCCUCUCCGCGCGCGCAAGAACGAUUCGAACUUCAGGGUCGCCUACAUGGUCAGUCAACUUGAGGGAAAGGCUGUUGGAACCGAGACAAGUCCAACGCACAGGCGGCAACAACAAGCAACCCCUCCUCUAUCACCUAUCAAGCAGCCGAAGAGGAAGUCCCUUCUGCUGCGCCGCCUGUCUCUGCAAAGGUCUUCCAGUAUAACUCGUACCCCCAGUAACGAACGUUUUAAUUCUUUGAAAUCGGAUACAACGGUCACCACUAUCCCAGAUGCGUCUAUGGACAGAAUCAUCGAUCCGCAGCCAAUUCCUCCUACCCGCCGAUCCUCCUUCACUCCUGGCACCGCGACAAGAAAGCCAUCUGAAAUUGCCAAGAAGCAGGAAAUACAAGAACGUAAGGCGAUUCAAGAGAUGGAGGAGCAAGAGACAACUGCUGUGGACGUGGACUACUGGGACUGGCAGCCUCCGCCUCCCAGGACAGUCGGGAGAGCCGGUACACCUUCAGACAUAAGUUAUUCACAUCUCGGCGGGUUAAGACACGGCUCUCUGCAGAUCGUCAAUGGACGAGCAUCACCUACCUUCAGCGAAGUCUCAAAGGCGUCGAAACAGCUUUGGUCUGCUGCUGCUGCUGCACCACGCAGAGAUGUGUCGAGUGAUUAUGGUGAUGCCGAGGAGGACUUUGAGCUAUUGAUCUCGGUAGCCGGAAAUCCAUCCAACUUGAGGUCAAGCCCCUCGGAUGGAAACGCCGAACUUCGAUACUUCAGUUGGGAGCCGAACGAUGAUAAAGCUGGCCCACGGGCCCAUCCCUUGCAAAGCGUCAUGACCGCACACCAAGAUGCUGAGGACCAGACGUCGCUGAUGGCCAAAGAAUAUAUUGCGGAGCUAGGGGCCAGUCCAUUUGACCAGCAAAUGUCGAGCUCUCCUGUCGGCACUGUAAGAAGGUCUAGAUCUGAUGGGUCGCUCUGGAAGGUGAGCUCUUGCUCGUCACUCCAAAAUUCGCCCAGGCCGGGCAGUGGUCGGGUGGACCUCUCUCCGGUCAGUCCUCUGGAGAGCUCACCUUCUCCAACUGGGUCUGUGCUUCGUAAUGCGAGUGUUAGGACUGAAGAGAGCGGAAGUCGAGAAAUCCCGCAGAGCGAUGAGACGAACGGCGAACAUCGGCCUUGUGAUAGUCCUAUGAGCUGGUAUUCCCCCAUUGAACCAAGCUACUCGGUUGACGAAGGCUUCCAGUCAGCUGUCGAGUUUCAAGCUCAGCUCUCAACCCCCAGCGUUGGACUCCAGCCUCUUCGUGCGCCAGAAAAAUCAGAUAGUGGUUACAGCUCAAGUAACUCGCUCCGAUCACUUCAAAUGGCCAGACCGACCACGUCACCUGCGAAGUUUGAGGCUCUGCCGGAGGUGCCAGAUGCAAAAGUGAGUACUGAUGCACCAGAGUCGGGCCGUGCGCCAUCUCUCCUUGGGCUGAGACCGUCAAUUCUAAAGUCACGGAAGACCGAUUCUUACGUACCAACGUUCACCAAUCUUCGGCCCAGCACCGUGUCAUCACCUCCGAAGCAAAUCGUUCUAGUAACGGCACCCGCCGAAGCCGAUCCUACCUCCACCAAGCUUACAAACUCCCGAAAGAAACUGCUGAAAAAGAGGCGCCCAUUGAGCCAGCCUCCUGGCCAAAUUGCAGUUGUUCGAGUUCAAUCAUUUGAGCUGGACAGUAUUCCGCAGGUGUCCCCCGAGGCACGAGAAAACCUCCGGGUACGGUCACACGCCCUACCAGAACUGGAACAAACGUACUCCUCGCUUGACAUGCUGGCCAACAGAGCUAGUCGCUCGACCCUUUUUCUCCCCAUCAAUGAAGUCAGGUUCCCAUCCCCGGCUCCGCAACAAGCACUUCAAGUUAAGCGGCCCCGGUCUCGCAGCCGCCCGAGAUCGUGGUUUGGUCGGCCUAAAGAAGAGAAGGUGAGCUCAAAGGGCAAAUCUGGAAUUGGCCAAGCCGAAGCGUUCGCCAUCACCAACGAUCCGGGUACUGUCGGCACUUCUCUGGGGCAAAGCGCUUAUGAUGGUUUUACCGACGCAAGCAACGUGUCCGAAGGAAUCAAUAAUCCGUUGAUGAUUUCUGGUUUCUCGCAGCAGCGGUCGAUGAUGGUCGACGAGGCUGCUGCAGAGCUGUCCCCCUUUCGACGCCGAUCCAUACAGGAGCGAGAAAGCAUCAUGUCGGACCGGAGAUCCUCUUUUAAUGACAGAGGAGGCAUACCUGGCAAGAAUCUAAGACCAGCCAGUCUUGCCAGUGAUGCACCACCAAUCACGCCUGAGAUGAUAGAAAAGGCAUACCGGACCUCAUCUAUGCAACGGCAGCCUUCGAUCCGCAAUGAGGUGGGACCUCGGCCUCCUCCACACUCACCACGCCCUUCAUACAUUGAUUAUGAAGGGAACAGUUCCUAUCCGAUCGCCCCUCCUCCGCCAUCUCAUUCCCCGAGGCCGAUCGAUAUAACGCCAGACCCUUGGACUGCGCAGGCAGGGGUAUGGAAGGCGCGACGACAGUCUGCGGGAGAAGUCCUGAAGCUUCAACCCUGGGACUCGCGGAAGUAUGAGCAAUACUACGAGGAUGGUGCGGAUAAGUCACUCUAUCCAAUUAUACCUCCACGACAUAUGCCCCAGCAGGUGGAAUGGAAGCAAUGUUUUUCACCCAAAGAAUAUUCUCCUUCUAUCCACGAUUAUCAUGGCGGAUACAACAGGUCCUCUCUGCCUCAACAGCCGAGGUUUCCAUCGUACAGAGCCUCGUAUCAUGGCCCUUGUGAGUCUGAAUCUGCGUAUGUGAGACAGUCCCGACGCGGUUCCAGGACGCCUGACCACCGGCAACCUCACGGCCGUGCAGUGCAGUCGCGAGGGCCAUCUCCGCAUGACCCCUUCCGAUCUACCCGGGCUUCGGGCGGCACUAGCUCUUCUCGUCCUCCAUCGAAUGCGAAUAGUGUGCGCAGCUUUGGUUCGUCGUUGGUCGAGGAGUUGCACCCAGCCAAGUCGGAGAGGCAAUAUCCGCCACCGGCAUUCGGGCGGUAUUCGGGAGGGCUGAAGUAUGGCUAUGAAGGUGGAAACGGGUUCGGAGGCUCGGUCGGGACUAGGUCGAUGAGUGGAAAAGCUGAAGCAUCACGGAAGGGCGUCUCGCUGAGAGCCAGCUUUGGAGUUGACCAAGGGAAUAUGCCUUUGGGGACCAUGUCAAGAUGGUGA